AUGACGAUGACCAUCUGGCAGUUCUUACAGUACUGGCAUCUCUUCAGUCAUAUCGGUUUCGAUACUCUACCGAAUCUCAUGGAUUCUUUGAGUCUGUGUUUAUCAAACAGCUUGUUGUUUCUAAAAAUGAGUCUCCUUUGGCUGAACGGACGUAUUAUUUAUGACAUGGUUGCGAGAAUUGCUGAAGACUGGAAUGAGUGCUCCUCUAAUCACUCAAAGAUGCAGCUGAUGAUAAGCAAAGCGAUCUUAUCUCAUCGAAUUUCAAAAUACAGCAUUGGUACAUACACUGUCGUGUUACUUUUAUUUGGAGCAGGUAACAUGAUCGUUCAAAAGACUAUGGGCUCUGAGCAACUUGUCGAAGAGAAGCAGCUUAUUGUCAAAAUGAAACUGCCGUCUGAGUUUGAUGCGUCACCGAUUUAUGAAAUUGUUGUGGUCACGCAAUUUUUUGUACAAUUCACAUUGGCACUUUUAGCAGGAAUGUUGAAUGCUCUUAUUGUAACGUUAUCGUUUGGCACUCAUGAUGGAAAUAUUUUGAUGGUAAAGAUUAUACCUUAUUAUGCCGUCGUAAAUUUAGAAGCCUUUAUACUUUGCUUCAGUGGCGAAUAUCUUACUUCCAAGAGCAAGUCUAUAAAUCAAGCGGCAUACAAUUCAUUUUGGUACAAGUUAAAGCCUAAGGAAAGCAAAAUCUUGUUGUUAUUGAUAAUGAGAUCGCAGAAGGAAUUGACAAUGACAGCCGGAAAAUUCGUAGAUUUAUCUCUGGAGGGUUUUACAAGCAUUUUGAAAGCAUCUGCAUCUUACAUAUCAGUGCUACAUGCUAUUUGCGCGAUGAUACCGAUUAGCACUGUCAGUCGAUCAGUCGAAAUUGGCCUUCAUCUUACUGGAAUAUGGCCGAAUUCUUCGAUUUUUUUUAAACUACUUUGGACAUUGGUGAUGGGAAUAGGAUUAAUCUUCCAGUAUUAUUAUCUUCUGACACAUUUCAGCACUAAGGAGCUACCGAAUCUGAUAGACGGUUUAAGUACUACUUUGCCGCAUAGUCUCCUUUUCUUCAAACUGAUCGUCCUGUGGGUCAAUCAUCGAAUAUUCAAAAAUAUCCUGAUAGUGAUGUCCAACGAUUGGCACAAAUAUUCCAACAUGUACGCCAUGAUCGACAAGGCAGUCCUCGCACAUCGCUGCUCAAAAUUGAUCAUCAGUGUUUAUUCGAUAGCAGUAUUGCUUUACAGUACCGCUUCCAUUCUUAACAAGCAGAAUGAUGUUGAUUGCCGAGAGUUAUUAAUAAAGAUGGAAUUGCCUUUCGGAUUCUGCGAAUCGCCGAUCUAUGAGAUCGUAAUGUUCGUGCAAUUUAUUCGCUUAAUGGCGGUCGCCUCCGCCAUAGGUAUGCUCGAUGCAUUAUUGGUUACAUUGAUGCUGCACAUUGGUGGACAAAUAGAUCUUAUGCAACAGGAAGUGGAAGAGAUUUUUGUCAAAGAUAACAAACAUGAUUUAUCCACCAUUGUGAGAUCUUUAAUCGAUAAGCAUCAUAAGAUUAUCGCUUUCUCGGAGAGCAUCGAGAAUCUUUUCUCUUACAUCGCUCUGAUGCAAUUUUUCUCGAAUACUUUGAUCAUAUGUUGCAUCGGAUUUCUUAUAGUAACUUCGUUGGGCACAAAUGAAGGUGUUCGAAUGUUGAUAAAGACCUUGUUUUUUUACAUCGCUAUUACUUUAGAGGCAUUUAUCUUUUGUUUUGCCGGUGAAUAUCUGAGUAAUAAGAGUAAAACAAUUGGCGAUGCUGUAUAUGGAUCUAUUUGGUAUAAUCUCAAGCCUCGAGAUAGCCGUAUUUUACUAUUUGUAAUCAUGAGAUCGCAAAAACGACUGACGAUUACUGCGGGGAAAUUUAUGGAUUUAUCGCUGGAAGGAUUCGCAAAUAGUUUGAAAGCUUCCGCAUCGUAUAUAUCUGUUUUAUACAUAUUGGUAUAUUUCGGUGUAAAAGACGGAUCAAGACGCGAUAAAAUGACGGCUAUAAGCACUGUUGCUCUUUCGGUGCAAAUUGGUCUUCGAUUUGUCGGGAUUUGGCCUAAUGCAUCAUAUGCGCUGUUUUUUCGGGGUGUUUGGAUAUUGACCACCGGUAUAGUACAGACUUUCCAGUACUGGUGGAUUAUUAUUCACUUAGGAACUGACGACAUGUCACAUCUGAUGGACGGUUUGAGUGUUACUAUGGAAUACAGCGUGAUGUUCUUGAAACUGGUUAUUUUAUGGUUGAAUAGUCGUAUAUUUUACGAUAUCCUAGCUACGAUGGCUGCAGAUUGGAGGGAAGCCGCUAUUGGUGAAAUGCGUACCAUGAAGAACAAGGCAAAUCUGUCGCGGCACUUCUCCAACGUAAUCAUCGGACUUCAUUCGGCCGCGGCAUUUUCCUAUGGUAUUGGCGUGCUCGUGUCCCAUAGUAAUGAUUAUGACAUUAAUGAAGUCAAGACGCCUGCUCGUGAGUUCACGCUUAAGCUACAGCUCCCGUUUGAGAGUGACGAGUCACCUCGAUAUGAGCUCGUUAUGUGUUUGGAAUUUCUUCAUCAAUUGGCAUCUUCUGCUAUGACUGGCGUACUGAAUUCUCUAAUCGUCACAUUAAUUCUUCAUGCGAGCGGUCAGAUAGAAAUUUUGUGUGAUGCAUUAAGAGACAUUUCUUCCGACAAAAACAAUCAACAUUUUAUUAUUUCCAUCAUAAAGGAAUUGAUCGGCAAGCACCAGAAGAUCAUUGUCUUUUCGGACCAAAUCGAAAAAAUUUUCUGUUACAUAGCGCUAAUCCAAUUCUUGUCAAGCUCCUUAGUGAUUUGUUGUUUAGGAUUUAUGAUUGUAACAUCGAUAAGUACGCAAGACUCGGAUACGAUUGAUAGCUCGUCAUUAAUGAAAGCUAUUGUGUUUUACAUGGCUGCUACGGUAGAGGCGUUCAUCUUCUGCUUUUGUGGAGAGUAUCUCAGUGCCAAGAGUAAAAUGAUUAGCGAUGCGGCAUACGAAUCAAUCUGGUACGACUUCAAACCAAACGAGUGCAAGUUUAUCCUGUUUAUAAUAUUGAGAUCACAAAGAAGACUUACCAUCACGGCUGGAAAAAUCAUGGACUUGUCACUAGAGGGAUUCACGAGUAUUAUAAAGGCUUCUGUUUCAUAUAUAUCAUUAUUACACGCAAUGUAUUGA